UCAUAAUUUUUCGGCAUUGAGUCAAAUAUGGCGGAAAAUUUAUUUGUUUUAUUUAAAUAACUUUAAAUUAAAAUUUAACAAGAUUUAUAUUAAAUAUAAUUGUAAUUUUAGGAGUUUAUGUAAAUUUACAGAAAAUGUCUAUGUCAAAGAACAAACAGAACUUGGCUGAAGUUGUCUCAGCAAGAAAUAGAUUUGAUGCCACAUUACAACUUUUAGUGGACAAAAGAGAUGAGGGGCAAGAAUCUAGUGAUGAAGGCGGUGAAAUUGAUAUUUGUCUCAGUGAGCCAUCUCCAAUGCAGUCUCCAAGUAAGCGUGCGUCUACCACUAGAGGGAAAAAAAGAAAGCGAGCAAAGGACGAUUCUGAUUACGAGCCCGGACAAUACCAGCACACAUACAUUAUGAAGCUGUUUGAUCGCAGUGUGGACUUAGCGGUCUUUGAUGAAGAUUCUCCACUCUACCCAAUUUGUCGCGCUUGGCUGAAAAACAACCCACACAGUAGAGAGCCUCCCCCCCACUCCCCCUCCCCAGAGCCCGAGUCAGCACCUGCCAGUGAAGAGGAGACUGAACGAAUUCCAGAUAUUUACAAAAUGCCACCCCCAAUAAAACAGGAUCCUGAUGACCAUACUGACUACAGGAUUCCCCACCCCGUGCCUCAACCUAAGACAUUUUUCUUUAUAUCGGACGCAGAUGAUGCUCCCCCGGCAGAAAGUCUCCUCCUAAAACACAUGGAGAGGUGGAAACAGGUCAGACAGAG